AAUUCAUUUAGAGUGAAAAUGACUUCGCAUUAGUUACUGAUACUUAUCCGUAAAACUGUUGUAACAUCAUUGUCAAAAUUUCUUACCACUUCCCCGUUGUUAGGAACGUUUCGAGGAAGAGAGAAAACAAAUUAGCUGUUAUAAUUUUGGGAAAAGUAGAACAAAAUAUGGAGAAUUUUCAAGAAAUCAAUAUAGUUGUUGUAUAGAGACAUUCAAGACAAGAAGAAACAAAGAAUGUGAAGAUAGAAACUCGAUGAAUGGGGUCAUUUACAAGCAUCAGAAAAGCCUAUGGCGCACUCAAAGACACCACCAAAGUUGGACUCGCAAAGGUUAAUAGUGAUUUCAAGGAUUUGGACAUUGCCAUCGUAAAAGCUACCAAUCAUGUGGAAUGCCCUCCAAAAGAACGUCACGUCCGAAGAAUUUUUUCCGCGACAUCAAUCAUUCGUCCUCGGGCCGAUGUUGCAUAUUGCAUUCAUGCACUUGCGAAGAGAUUAUCAAAGACACGAAAUUGGGUUGUCGCGAUAAAAGUAUUGAUCGUCAUUCACAGGACACUAAGAGAAGGAGAUCCUACAUUUCGUGAAGAACUUUUAAAUUUUGCCCAGAGAGGAAACAUACUCCAAAUAUCUAAUUUCAAAGAUGACUCCGGCAUUAAUGCUUGGGAUUGUUCAGCAUGGGUUCGAUCAUACGCACAUUUUCUAGAAGAAAGAUUGGAAUGCUUUCGAGUUUUGAGAUACGACAUUGAAGCCGAACACUUGACAAAACUAUCCCCUACAUUGUCUAAGGUGCAAAGUAGAACUCGAGUUUUAAACAGGACCGAGUUGCUUGAACAAUUACCGGCAUUGCAACAACUUCUCUAUCGCCUCAUCGGUUGCCAACCAGAAGGAGCAGCUUACAGUAAUUAUCUUGUCCAAUAUGCUUUGGCUUUGAUCUUAAAAGAGAGUUUCAAGAUAUAUUGUGCAGUCAAUGAUGGAAUUAUAAACCUUGUUGACAUGUUUUUCGAUAUGUCGAGGCAUGAUGCAAUCAAGGCUUUAACCAUAUACAAGAGAGCAGGCCAACAGGCUGAGAAUCUUGCCGAUUUUUAUGAACACUGCAAGGGCUUGGACCUUGCUAGGACUUUCCAGUUCCCAACACUUAGACAGCCACCUCCAUCAUUUCUAGCCACGAUGGAGGAGUACAUUAGGGAGGCGCCACAAUUAGGUUCAGUGAACAAAAGGGUGGAGUACAGUGAGGAUGAAGAAGAAAACGAAGAACAACAACCCGAUGAAGAGCCUCCUGAUCAACAAACAACGGAAGCAAAAGAAGAAGAGGCCGCUGUUCAAGAUGAAAAGGAAGUAACCGAAGAAGCAACACCAGAAAUCAAAGCCGAAGAACAAACACCAGUACCGGAGCCGUCGCCAUUGAUACCAACCGAUGGCACAGAUGAUCUUUUGGGUUUCAUGAGCGAGAUCAAUCCAAAAGUGGCCGAGCUAGACGAAAGCAAUGCGUUAGCUCUAGCAAUUAUACCAUCGGGUGAAGAAGCUUCAACUUGUGCAAAUAAUGUGUUAGCUGAACUCGGGAAACCAAAUGCAUCGGGUUGGGAGUUAGCCCUCGUUACCGCGCCCAGCAACAGCAGCACUAGAACUCCUCCUCCACAGACAAAAUUGGCGGGCGGCUUUGAUCAACUCCUUCUCGAUAGCCUGUACGAGGACGACGCCACGAGAAGACAGAUAGAGCUCACGAAUGCCGGGUACAGAACCAAAGGAUCUUUACUGUCGAUGCACAGUCCGUACGAACAGCAGCAGCAGUGCCAACUGCAGCGACCCGACCCGUUCGCGAUGUCGAACAACGUGGCGCCGCCGACCAACGUUCAGAUGGCCACCACGGCGCAACAGAUGCAAUUUUACACGUGGCAGCAUCAGCAACAACAGCAAGAUCAUCAGCAGCAACAACAUCAAUCCAUCAUGGCGCCUUUUCAGCAAGGAACUUCGAGCACGGGUUUCGCCAACCCAUUUGGGGAUCCCUUUAUUACGAGUAGUACUAGUACUAGUGUUUAUCCACAAAGUCAUGUUGCACCAAACGAUAAUCGAAUGUUGUUGUAGGCCAGUGUGCGUGAUAUAUAUAUAUAUAUAAUGGUGUUCAACUUCAAGUUAUACCAAUAUUUGUUAUAGCUUAAUAAAUGUUAUUGAUUAAU